GGAAAUAUAGAAACUCAGAGCUGUGACUCAUUCUCUUUGACUCCCACUCCGCGCAUUCUUUAUUUCUAUAUUGGCCUUUUCAUUUUCAAAACCACACAUAUCACCCAAUUCAAUCUAUGGAUUGAGGCAACAAUCGAAGACAUGUCGGCCAUCAAGUGCUGGACUACGAGGUUGUCGGACAAACACGCCGUGAAGCUCACCCAAGUGAGGCUCGAAUUGGGACUGUUCGGAGCCAGGUCGGUCGCUGCAAACGACAAGGUCGCUCUUCAAAUAACGGGGAUUGCCACCAAGAAAGGAAAGCCCAAAACGACACCGCUCUCGCUUAAACGACACACUCACACCACCUCGGCUCCUAGGUUCCUCACUUCCAAAUCGUCCUCUCUCGUGUGGGACACGCGCGACCUCUGCGCUUUUCAUCUCCUCACAGACGCCUCCCUCCAUGUUUGCCACAUCGCAUUUCAUGUCUUAUAUGGAGGAGAAUCCAAAGGCAAAAUGACGGUGGUCGGAAAAGUGGAAAUGAGCGUUGCCGUGGCGGAGGUCGUGGCCGGAGAGGACAAGAAGACGGAGUCCAAUUCUCAUCAUCGUCACUUUCAGAGAAGGCUUCCAAUCAAAUUCAGGGUCAAUGGUUUAUGCAUAGAAGCUACCCUUUUGGUCUCUUUAAAGUUAUUGAAGCUAAGAGAUUCAAAUGGUGACUCAACGUCAGCAACACCCUUUGAAAAUCGUGUCAAAUCACAAAAGAAACGUGGAAUUAUAGAGAAAGUAUUGUAUUUGACAAGCUUGGGGAAGAAAAACAAUGGCAAGUUUGAUGAAGCGGAAGAAACGAGUCCUUAUGAGUCGGAUAGCUCUCCCGUGUUUGACUCGGAUGACUCGAACAAGUCCUCCACAAGCAGUGGUAGUAGCAAGAGUGGUGGAAUCCACAAUGCACGCUUAACACUAACAGAUAGGUCUGAGAGGCUUACAAGCUCAGAGACAAAGACUCGUUUGAGUUCGUCCCAGUUGCCACGAAAUAGAAGCCUCAAUGGAUGGAACAUUAGGACAACCACUAACAAACAAGAAAACAUAGCUUCCUAUCCUAGUCCUUUCAUGAAAUCAGAUAAACUUUCUCCGCAAUUAAACCAUAAAGAUGGUGCACGAAGUUGGGAAUACAGGGAGAUUUCAAGUAGAGAUAGGCAAGCAAAGCUCAAAACCAAUGUGUUUUUCGCUUCCUUUGACCAAAGGAGUGAACAAGCUUCUGGUGAGAGUGCAUGCACGGUUUUAGUUGCGCUCAUAGCUCACUGGCUCCAUUUCAACCAUGAUAUGCCAACAAGAGCGCAAUUUGAUAGGCUCAUCACACAAGGUUCAUCUGAAUGGAGAAGGUUGUGCAACAAUGAUUACUACUCUCAGCUCUUCCCAGAUAAACAUUUUGAUCUAGAGACAAUCAUAGAAGCCAAUGUGAGACCUCUGGUUGUUCUGCCUCAGAAAUCAUACACAGGAUUUUUCUCUCCUGAGAAGUUCCAAUGCUUGAAAGGAGCCAUGUCUUUUGAUGGAAUUUGGGAUGAGAUAAAGAGCAAAGUGUGUGAUCAGGAGCCAAUGAUUUACAUAGUGAGUUGGAACGAUCAUUUCUUUGUCUUGAAGGUAGAAGAAAACGCUUACUACAUCAUUGACUCUUUGGGGGAGAGACUUUCUGAAGGGUGUCAAAAAGCAUUCAUACUGAAGUUUGAUGAUUCGAGUGUGAUGUAUGGGAAAAAAGACAAGGCAAAUGAGGUCCCUCCAAAGGGUGCAAGUCGUGAGAUAAUUUGUCGUGGAAAAGAGUGUUGUAAAGAGUUCAUCAAACGAUUUCUAGUUGCUAUACCACUUUGGCAACUAGAGAAGGAGGAGAAGAAAUGGAGUGUUUCAAGUCCUUAUCUUCAUCGACAAUUGCAGAUUGAUUUCCAUUAUAGCUCUUCAUUAUCAUCGUCCACUUCAACUGAUUCUUCUUUGUGGUCUCUCUUAACAAGUGAGUCUUGAGAAGCCUAAUUACGCUGCCAAUUACCACAAUGUCGAAUUAUGUGUGUGGUCGCAAUUUUAGCUAGAGAAGAUAUGCACCUCCACGUCAAAUUAGCGCCAAGAAUGUUUUUUGUUGGUUGUUGAUGACCAAUUCUUACAACUGGAAAAUGUUAAUUCUUAAGAAAUUCAAUUUUGGCAGUUGUGUUGCUAUUUGGUGACAGCUUCUAAACCUUCAAAAACCAUGCCAUGAUUUUACUGAAAUUGGAGAUCAAGAACAUUAUAUAAGCAUCCUUUUGGGAGUGGUCCUUAUUUUGUAGGGUGGGUUUGAACAAAAAAAAAUUGAAAGGGGCUGUUAGUAUAUAUAAAAAAGUGAUGCUUGUCCAGUUGUUCUUAUCCAUAAUUAUAUUUUUUUUAAUAAAUUCUUUCAAGGUAAAAAAUCAAAAUCAUUUCAUC